AUGGUGCACUCUCAAGUCGUCAUCAUCGGGUCGGGCCCCGGUGCCCACACUGCCGCCAUCUACCUCUCGCGCGCCGAACUUAAGCCUGUUCUGUACGAGGGUAUGCUUGCCAAUGGCACCGCGGCCGGUGGCCAGCUGACGACGACCACCGAUGUCGAGAACUUCCCGGGGUUCCCUGACGGUGUGGGCGGCUCCGAGCUGAUGGACAACAUGCGCAAGCAGUCUGAGCGAUUCGGCACGGAGAUCAUCACGGAAACGAUCUCGAAGCUGGACCUAUCUCAGCGGCCUUUCAAAAUGUGGACCGAGUGGAACGACGGUCCGGACAGUGAGCCCGCACACACGGCCGACGCUGUCAUCAUUGCUACGGGUGCCAAUGCCCGUCGCUUGGACCUGCCCGGCGAGGAGACGUACUGGCAGAACGGAAUCAGCGCUUGCGCCGUUUGCGAUGGUGCUGUGCCCAUCUUCCGGAACAAGCCGCUGUACGUGAUCGGUGGUGGAGACUCUGCCGCCGAGGAGGCCAUGUUCCUGGCCAAGUACGGCAGCAGCGUCACCGUGCUUGUCCGCCGCGACAAGCUCCGUGCCAGCAAGGCCAUGGCCAACCGCCUACUCGCCCACCCCAAGUGCACUGUCCGCUUUAACACUGUUGCCACCGAGGUCCUUGGCGAGCAAAAGCCUAAUGGCCUCAUGACCCACCUCCGCGUCAAGGACACCAACUCCGGCAACGAGGAAGUCGUCGACGCCAACGGUCUGUUCUACGCCGUCGGUCACGACCCUGCCAACGCCCUGGUCAAGGGCCAGGUCGACCUCGACGAGGACGGCUACAUCAUCACCAAGCCCGGUACUAGCUACACCAGCGUGCCCGGUGUAUUUGCCUGCGGUGACGUGCAGGACAAGCGGUACCGUCAGGCCAUCACCAGUGCCGGAUCUGGCUGUAUCGCCGCUCUCGAAGCCGAGAAGUUCGUUUCCGAAGCCGAAACCCCCGAAGACCAGCAGCCCGCUGCCUCCGUGGAGCGCUCCACCAUUCAACCCGCCGCGCAGGAAGUCAAUGGCGGAGUCACCAAAGACCCUAAGGGUGCUACCGCCGAGUACAAGACCAACCCGCUGCUUUAA